AUGCNCUGCGAGGGCGAAGACGGGCUAGACGCUAAAAUUUCCAAUAUUAAAAGCCAAUGUCAGCAGCAGAGCAUUCCUUAUCUAUUUGCAUUGCGUCGGCGGCAACUGGCAUAUGCCUUAUUUAAAAAAGCUCCAAUAAGUUGUGUUGCUAUACUUGACUAUGAUGGAGCUCGUGAAGUAUUUUCCAAAUUGUUGGCAGCAUUGGUAAAAGCUCGGCAAUCUUAUGAAGAUCUCACGUGAUGCAGGCUGGAUUCAGCAAUGCUACUACAACAAUGUAACGUUGACAACUAUCAGGAAAGAUUCGAAUAAAUAAUAACCAAAUAUCGUUAUGCAAAGUUAUUAUAAUUAAAAUACACUACUUGUCAAAACGCGCCUAAUAUCAAAAAAAAAAUACCAAAAAACUUCGAUUGUUUCUUUUCCAUUUUUUUUUUUUUAACACAUGUAAAUAUAUAUCUGUACGUACCUUUGUAUAUGUCUGUUUAAAUAUGAAUGAAAAAUUCGAUUAUUUUAUAUUUCUCGGAAUAUUGAAAUAUAUUUCAAAUUAAAAAUAUGACCACGCGAAAUUGUUAUUCUUCGAAUUAAACUUAAAUACUUAUCCCAUUUCCUGCUAUAAAUUAUUUAUAGUUUCUUGAUUACAACUUAAAGUCAUAAAAAGUUCACAGAAA